AUGCAUCGUAAUCAAUGCAUCGGUAUUGUUGGUUGUGGAAAUAUGGGUUUUGCCCUUGCCGACCGUUUAUUCUUAUGUGGAUUUACUGUAGUAAUGGGUAGUCGUUAUCCAGACAAGCGAAAUGGCACACAAUAUGAAAUAGUCUCGAUUGUCGAAUGCAUUCGUCGUUCACCUAUUAUCUUUAUUGCAAUUCAUCCAGAACAUUAUAUCGAUUCUCUUGUAUCGCAUAUUGAACAUGAACCAUUAUUAUUUAAUGAGAAAAUUCUGAUUGAUCUAUCAAAUCAAACUUGCAAAAAAUUGAAUCUAAAUGAUUCUUCCAAUGCCGAACAACUUCAGACAGCAAUACCAAAUGCUUUCGUUGUUAAAGCAUUUAAUAAUAUCUCAUCGUUUGCGAUGGAAAGUACGACAGCAGGUGAAUCACGUAAUAUCUUUGUUGCUAGCGAUCAUUCAACAGCCAAAGAUAAAAUAAUAACACUCGCACGUGAAAUGAAUUUUGGUUCGUUCGAUGUUGGUUCCCUUCGAGCAGCACGUCAUCUAGAAAAUGAUACUCAAUCUCUAUUUCCUGAAUGGCAAAUUCCAAUUAUUGUUACACUUGUCGUUUUAUCCAUCUGGCUUAUUUAUACACUCUGCAUGGAAUAUGUUAGUACACAUACAACUUCAUGGAAUCAACUCUUUUUAAAUAUAGCUAAUAAAACUUUAUGUACAAGUGCUAUCACUAUGCUAGCUAUUGUCUACAUGCCUUCGAACCUUGCAUGUAUAUUUCAAUUGGCCUAUGGAACGCGAGAACUACAAUUUCCAAUAUGGUUGGAUCGAUGGCUGUUAAGACGAAAACAAUUCGGUAUAUUGACAUUUGCUAUAGCUCUUUCUCACUCUAUUAUGACACUUAUUCUAAUGACACCAGCUUAUUAUUCAACAUGGUUUCAUCAUGUUGAAAUUAUAAUUUCGACCAUUCAAAAUCAGACACGAUUUGUCGUCGAGAGUGGUCUCAUGACUGCAAAAGGUGAAUUGGCAUCACUGCUAGGCAUUUUAACUCAGCUAUGCAUGACCAUUUUAGCUGUUACAAGUAUUCCUGCAGUUGGUAAUCUGUUGAAUUGGCGAGAAUGGCGUUUUAUACAAUCAAAACUCGGUAUUGUCACAUUGUUACUGGCUAUUGGACAUGUUGUUGCAAUGGCUUUACCUCGUUGGAUAGCAGUGGGAGUAGCUAAAGCAUUCUAUAAUCUUGGUUUACUCUGUUUAUACUUCCCGCUUCUGACGUUAUUGCUAAAAUUCAUGUUUUGGUUACCUUGCUUCAGUCGUCGACUCCAUCGAAUUCGCCGCGGAGAAAAUACGAAGAAACCUAUUCAACCAAAACAAAUUGCAUAA